AUGCUUCAUUCAUCCCUCGGUUCUGCAGCCAUAGCAUCUUCUGACAAGAUCGUGUUUCGGCUUCGCGGCCUUUUGCUCCGUGAGCUGGCGGGCUUCUUCGGCCAUCGUCCCGAGGGCAUCUCGCAAGCUGCGCGGAUACUUUGGCGACGUGGUCAGCUUCAUCCCAAGUUGGUGUCCAAGACCAUCAAGCUGGACGAGUGCUAUCACAUCAUCCGCCACACCAACGUGAAAAACGUAGAAGAAGCCCACCAGAGCGUGGUAUCGGAACUUGCGAGUCGAGCUUCCGGUAUCGGCGACCCCAUGCUUGACCAGACCAAGAGGUGUCGGCAAUCCGCAGAAGUCCAGAUGUCUGCGACGAGCGAAUUCGAGCACAUGCACCACGAGAGCGAGACGGAAUCCACCUCUUCGGGCUCGCAGGCGUUGGACUGUCCGUCCAUGAAGGCGGCUACACGAACGGACGUUGGGAGCGAGCACCGCAUUGUCGUUUUCAGUGAGCGCGAGAAGGUUGAGCAGUCCACCGUCGCAGCAAUGAGGAAGUUGCAGUUCGUGGUUGAGGAGUGCGCGAUGGGCCUUCCAGAACCCAUCGGCUGCGGGGGCGGAGGUGCCCUUGAGGAGUACCAGGCCAGUGAUGAAGCCGCCCUCCAUGACACAGCCGACGAUGCCCAGGCCUCCCACGGAUCAGAAGUCGUAGACGACGUCGAGACAUGGGCUUCGAUACGCUUUCACUGUGCCGCGCUGCGGCGCAAGAUCGACAAGGUGAUCUUCGAGAUGUACGUUGGCCACAUACGCGGAAUUACUUUCUUUGGGUUUAUGGCCGGCGCCUACAACCACAUGUCGGGAAGGAUACUAUACCGUCGUUUUGGAUGUGACACGGGAAAGCAGUGGAGCAUCUCCGAGUAUUUGGACGCGCGGCUCUCUUCAACAACCUUCGAGCGUGAUUUUUGA